AUGAAGCUGUCCUAUGGUUCUCUGGUGGUCACCGCCGGCAUCUUCGGUAUCCUCAGUUUCGCGUUCCUGGCUGCGGCGAUCGGGAGUGACUACUGGUACAUUAUUGAGGUGAACAGAACCAACCGGACCGAUACAGACGUUUUGGAUUCCCAUUCUGGACUGUGGAUAACUUAUGAAGGUAUGCAUUCAUAUGCAUGUGGAUUUAGUAAUUUGAAACCAAUGCCUUUCUUAGAUGGAUGACUUUAUAGUAUCAGGGGCUCCCGAGUGGCGCAGCGGUCUAAGGCACUGCAUCUCAGUGCUUGAGGCGUCACUACAGACCACCUGGUUCGAUUCCAGGCUGUAUCACAACCGGCCGUGAUUGGGAGUCCCAUAGGGCAGCGCACAAUUGGCCCAACGUCGUCCGGGUUUGGCUGGUGUAGGCCGUCAUUGUAAAUAAGAACUUGUUCUUAACUGACUUGCCUAGUUAAAUAAAUAAAAAAAAUGUAUGUCAUUUUUCCUGUAGCAAGACACUGUUUUAUUGUCACAAUGAAAACUGAAUAAAAUCGGUGGAUAAUCCAUAUGGUCCUCUGAAUGUGAUUAUCCAUCUUUACAGGUCAGAAGGUGUAUUCUUACACAUUUAACUCCUCCAACUACUCUGAACCUGAGAUGCACAUGUUGAGUGAGUUACUUGUCUAUUAUCACCUUAUUAAACAAGACAUUAUAGAAUAAAACAUUUACAGCUAUUGUUAUUUUGGACAUUUCGAAUAGAUUCUCUUAUUUAUGAAGCAUCUGUAUCUGUCUCAAAUGUUGGAAUAUUGUCUGUGUGUUUCUCCAGACAUGCACAGUGCGAUCGUGGUCCUACUGCCUCUUAGCCUGGUCCUGCUGGUGUUCGGAGGCAUCUGUGGAUUGAUCAGUUCCCUGGCCCGGAGCCCCGUUCUCCUCACUGGCACCGCCUCCUAUCUCCUCCUCUGCAGUAUGUGUGGCCUCCAUCAUCAUCUCUCAUCCUUAGGGCCCUAACACCUGGUCUUAGUGCCAGUCUGUCUGUGUUACCAUGCCAACUCCUUGUUACUCAUUGUCAUGUUUGGCAUGACAAGAAGUUGACAUGAUAGCACAAGCAGAUCUGGGACAAGGGCAAGGCUACCUAACACCUAAAUGCCCAAGUCCAAAUUCACUCCUAUGCAACAUACUCCCAUCCAUAAAGUCUUUAGAGCAAUGUUUCCCAACUCCAGUCCCAAGUAACCCAAACAGCACACAUGUUUGAUGUAGCCCUGGACAAGCACACCUGAUUCAACUUGUCAACUAAUCAUCAAGCCCUCAAUGAGUUGAAUCAGGUGAGUUUGUCUCGGGCUACAACAGAAAUAUGUGCUGUUGGGGGUGCUCGAGGGCUGGAGUUGGGAAACACUGCUUUAUAGCCAGCCCAUACACUUGGAGUUGUGUGUGUAUAUCAAUCUUACAAAGGAGACAAGAGGAGGCAUCAAUGUAAUUUUAGAUGAUUGAGAUGCACCCAUGUAGUUUCACAGUUGAAGUGAGAGGGUGGUGGUGUGGUUAAUUGGAGCAUAGAUACAGAAGGUCUCACACCAUCUGGCUCGGCCUCAUAGAACAACUGGGAAAGGUCUUGUUAUUGUCUACAAUGUUAUUUACCUCAAUGUCAGUCUCCACACACACUAAACUAUCUCCAUGUGGCUAGAGCUAGACUGAUAAUAAUGGGUUUGAUUUGACCACAGAGGAAAGGAGAAGAUUUUAAGAUGGCUGUUCUCUCCACUGCUGCCUGUCCAUCUCUCUCCUGUGCUUACUGGAAAUGUUGGUUUGGUUGCCUCCCGGAUAGUAGAUGGAUUACCAGUAUUAGUAUAUAUGUUACUGAUCUUUGGGGAUGGCCAACACUGCAAUAUCCCUCUGGUUUCACACACGCACACUGUCCUUUACACACUUUCACUGCCUCAUUUCAUUUUGAUGAAAGGGGACUGCUGAGGAGAGCAAUGAUUUGGUUCUAUCCACUGAAAUAAAUAAAAGUGAUUUGAGUAAUAGAGUGAGGAGGAAAAAGGAGUGGACAGAAUAGAAAAGGGAUGGGACUGGAGAGCAAGAUAUGGAUGGGAACGGCUUCAGCCAGCUUUAGAGGAGGAGAAAGAGGUGGAGGUUAUUGGCCUUAAGGAUGGAGAACAAGAGAGGUGGGGUUAUGGGCUUUAAAGAGGAGGGAGAUGAAGAGACGAGUGUUUGGGAUUUAAACAAGAGAGAUUUGGGUAUGGAGAGAGAUUGAAAAUGUAAAGGUUUGGAGAGAGCGAGAGAAAUAGGUUGAGAGAGAUGGAUGAUGAUGGACUGACACUGCACACAGAUCCCCAUUACAAGGCCAGAUCACUGGGAUGGAACAGACCACAGAUGGCUUGAUGGCACCCCUGCCUAGCCUGUUGAUUACCAAUCCAGUUAUGAGGAUGACCUUCUCAACCGUACAGUAUACCCUUUAUUAUCUUUAUGGAGAGGCACUUGGAGCUAGAGUUGUAAAGACCUUCUCUAUGGAAAGUGCAAGUACACAGUAUUGUAUGUCCUCUGAGUGAAACAUAAAUUAAUUGGACAGCACACUUGAAAGUGUUUUCCUUUUCAUUGUUGGACAGUAUUACCAGGAUUUAGCACCUUAAUCUUUAGGGGCCCGAUUCUGACUUAGGAAAUUACGCCUUUCUUGCACACGCCAUUCUUACGGUUCCCUUGCACGCGCUGAAUAAAUGUAAUUCAACUGCUGAAAACCCUCCCACUUGCUGGCCAACAGAUCUUCGCGUGGAGUUUUCAUUCAGUACAUUUCUCUUAAGUGAUCCCUUUAAAUAUGGUAUACCUUUAAUUAGAAUUUUGUCGACAGACUUGUAGCGGGUGAUGUUGGACGGAGUCAGGGGCAUGAGAGGAAAUCACGGAAUAAAUGGUUUAUUCAAAUAAACAGAGGUACGCAGCAAUGCGUAAUAUACACCAGUGCGGUAAACGGCACCCUGGGGAAGACAAGGCACACGGGUGAAUAUCCCGGCGAUACACAAUACAAAUCUAGCUCCAACGAGCUAUAUAUCCUCUACAAUGAACAAUCACACACAAAGACAAGGGGGCAGAGUGAACACUUAUACAGGUACUGAUGAGGGGAUAUGAACCAGGUGUGUGUAAUAAACAAGACAAAACAAAUGGAAUGAUGAGAUGAGGAGCGGCAGUGGCUAGAAGGCCGGUGACGACGAACACCGAAGCCUGCCCGAACAAGGAGCGGAGGCAGCCUCAGAGGAAGUCGUGACAGUGCCAGAACCGGCUGAUAACCUAAAACACAUUGAAAUGGCGAUAGGUUAGUGAGGAGUGGCGGAAAGAGUUCUGGGCAUAUUCGGCCCAUGGCAAGAACACCGACCUCUCCCCCGGCCAGUCCUGGCAGUAGGACCACAGGAACCUACCCACAUCCUGAUUAACCCGUUCCACCUGCCCAUUAGACUCGGGGUGAAAACCAGUGGUCAGGCUGACCGAGACCCCCAGACGUUCCAUGAACGCCUUCCAGAUCCUGGAUGUGAACUGGGGACCCCGGUCAGACACUAUGUCCUCUGGCACCCCGUAGUGCCGGAAGACGUGUGUAAACAGGGCCUCCGCAGUCUGCAGGGCUGUGGGGAGACCGGGCAGAGGAAGGAGGCGGCAGGCUUUAGAAAAGCAGUCCACAACAGCCAGGAUGGUGGUGUUACCUUGAGAGAGGGGAAGAUCAGUAAGGAAGUCAAUACACAAGUGGACCAUGGCCGUUGUGGAACUGGUAAGGGCUGUAACUUACCCGCUGGGAGGUGCCUGGGUGCCUUACUCUGGGUGCACACCGAGCAGGAGGAGACAUACACCCUCACGUCCUUAGCCAAGGUAGGCCACCAGUACUUCCCGUUCAGGCAGCGCACUGUACGGCCGAUACCUGGGUGACCAGAGGAGGGGGACGUGCGUGCCCAAUAGAUCAGACGUACUGGACAAGAGCCGGCACCUACCGCAGCCCAGUUGGAUACUGAGGUGGAGAUGGCUCGGUACGUUACGCCUGCUCUAUGUCCGCGUCCACCGCCCAUACUACCGGCGCCACAAUGCAGGAGGCCGGGAGCAUGGGGGUGUUGUCUCUGGGCCUCUCCUCUGUGUCGUACAGCCAUGACAGUGCGUCUGCCUUCACGUUCUUAGUACCCGGUAUGUAGGACAGUGUAAAAUCAAACCGGGUGAAGAACAGGGCCCACCUGGCCUGGGGAGGAUUCAGCCUCCUCGCUGCCCUGAUGUACUACAGGUUACGGUGAUCAGUCCAGACGAGGAAAGGGUGUUUCGCUCCCUUGAGCCAGUGCCUCCACACGGUCAGGGCUCUGACAACAGCCAACAGCUCCCGAUCAUCAACGUCGUAGUUCUGCUCCGCUGGGCUGAGCUUCUUGGAGAAGAAGGCACAGGGGCGGAGCUUGGGUGGCGUGCCCGAGAGUUGAGAUAGGACAGCGCCUAUCCCUACCUCGGACACAUCCACCUCCACUAUGAACGGUAGUGAUAGGCCAGGACCGGGGCUGAGGUGAACAGAGCCCUCAGGAUACUGAAGGCCCUGUCAGCCUCAGCAGACCAGCGGAGCCGGGACGGCCCACCCUUCAACAGAGAGGUGAUGGGAGCUGCGACCUUGCCAAAGCCCCGGAUAAACCUCCGAUAGUAGUUGGCAAAGUCAAGAAAGCGCUGCACCUCCUUUCACUGUGGUUGGAGUCAACCAAUCACGCACGGCUGAAAAGCGGUCUCCCUCCAUCUCCACACCUGAGGUGGUAAUGCGGUAUCCGAGGAAGGAGACGGACUGCUGGAAAAAUAGACACUUCUCUGCCUUGGCAUAAAGGUCAUGUUCCAACAGUCGGCCCAGCACUUUGCGAACCAGGGACACAUGCUCGGCGCGUGUAGCAGAAUACAACAGAAUGUAAUCGAUGUAGACCACCACACCGUGACCAAGCCAGUCCCGAAACACCUCGUUCACAAAGGACUGGAAGACUGAUGGAGCAUUCAUCAAACCGUAAGGCAUCACCAGGUAUUCGUAAUGCCCCGUGGUGGUGCUGAAUGCUGUCUUCCACUCGUCCCCUUCUCGGACACGCACCAGGUUGUACGCGCCCUGGAGAUCUAAUUUUGUGAAGAAGUGUGCCCCAUGCAUUGACUCGAUCACAGAUGGAAUGAGGGGUAGAGGAUAACUAGAGUUGAAGUCGGAAGUUUACAUACACUUAGGUUGGAGUAAUUAAAACUCGUUUUUCAACCACUCCACAAAUUUCUUGUUAACAAACUAUAGUUUUGGCAAGUCGGUUAGGACAUCUACUUUGUGCAUGACACAAGUAAUUUUUCCAACAAUUGUUUAAAGACAGAUUAUUUCACUUAUAAUUCACUGUAUCACAAUUCCAGUGGGGCAGAAGUUUACAUACACUAAGUUGACUGUGCCUUUAAACAGCUUGGAAAAUUCCAGAAAAUGAUGUAAUGGCUUUAGAAGCUUCUGAUAGGCUAAUUGGCAUCAUUUGAUUCAAUUGGAGGUGUACCUGUGGAUGUAUUUCAAGGCCUACCUUCAAACUCAGUGCCUCUUUGCUUGACAUCAUGGGAAAAUCAAAAGAUAUCAAUCAGCCAAGACCUCAGAAAAAAUAUUGUAGACCUCCACAAGUCUGGUUCAACGCCUGAAGGUACCACAUUCAUCUGUACAAACAAUAGUACUCAUGUAUAAACACCAUGGGUGUCAUGAAUGUCUGUGGAAUGCGGUAGGCCAGAGUCAAGCGCAGGACACAGAAUGAAAUGAAAAUCUACUUUACUGUAUAGUAAAGAAACAAGCAAAACCUCCAACACAGGGAGGAGCAACCCGCUCACAAACGACACUCGUAACAAGUAACAAACACGCACAACACACAGUGGGAGCGAACAGGUUAAAUAGGGAAGGACAUAAUACAUAAUGGGAAACAGGUGUGCAACACUAGACAACAACCAGAUGAACAUAAAACAUAGAUCGGCAGCAGCUAGUACUCCGGUGACGACGAACGCCGAAGCCUGCCCGAGCCAGAAGGAAGGGCAGUCUCGGCAGAAUCCGUGACAAUGGGACCACGCAGCCGUCAUACCUCUCAGGAAGGAGACGUGUUCUGUCUCCUAGAGAUGAACGUACUUUGGUGCGAAAAGUGCAAAACAAUCCUAGAACAACAGCAAAGGACCUUGUGAAGAUACUUUUGUACCUGUUUCCUCCAGUAUCUAUAUCCACAGUAAAACAAGUCCUAUAUCGACAUAACCUGAAAGGCCAUUCAGCAAGGAAGAAGCCACUGCUCCAAAACCACCAUAAAAAAGCCAGACUACGGUUUGGAACUGCACAUGGGGACAAAGAUCGUACUUUUUGGAGAAAUGUCCUCUGGUAUGAUGAAACAAAAAUAGAACUGUUUGGCCAUAAUGACCAUCGUUAUGUUUGGAGGAAAAAGGGGGGAUUGCAAGCCGAAGAACACCAUCCCAACCGUGAAGCACGGGGGUGGCAGCAUCAUGCUGUGGGAGUGCUUUGCUGCAGGAGGGACUGGUGCACUUCACAAAAGAAAUGGCAUCAUGAGGAAGUAAAACUAUGUGGAUAUAUUGAAUCAACAUCUCAAGACAUCAGUCAGGAAGUUAAAGCUUGGUCGCAAAUGGGUCUUCCAAAUGGACAAUGACCCCAAGCAUACUUCCGAAGUUGUGGCAAAAUGGCUUAAGGACAACAAAGUCAAGGUAUUGGAGUGGCCAUCACAAAGCCCUGACCUCAAUCCUAUAGAAAAUCUGUGGGCAGAACUGAAAAAGCGUGUGUGAGCAAGGAGGCCUACAAACCUGACUCAGUUACACCAGCUCUGUCAGGAGGAAUGGGCCAAAAUUCACCCAACUUAUUGUGGGAAGCUUGUGGAAGGCUACCCGAAACGUUUGACCCAAGUUAAACAAUUUAAAGGGAAUGCUACCAAAUACUAACUGAGUGUAUGUAAACUUCUGACCCACUGGGAAUGUAAUGAAAGAAAUAAAAGCUUAAAUAAAUCAUUCUCUACUAUUAUUCUGACAUUUCACAUUUCUUUAAAAUAAAGUGGUGAUCCUAACUGACCUAAGACAGGGAAUUUUUACUAGGAUGAAAUGUCAGGAAUUGUGAAAAACUGAGUUUAAAUGUAUUUGGCUAAGGUGUAUGUAAACUUCCGACUGUAUAACGAAUAGUCCCCUUGUUCAGUGCAAGGGCGCAGACCUCAAUCCUUCAUCUUCACAAAAAAACUUGAGGCCGGCGAAGUGGAGGGACGUAUGAACCUCUGGCCCAGGGACUCGAAGACGUAUGUCUCCAUCGCCUCCGUUUCAGCCUGCGACAGGGGAUAUACAUGACUCCUGGGAGGCACAGCGUAUACCCAGAGGUUUAUCGCGCAAUCCCCCGCCCAAUGAGGUGGUAAUUUAGUCGCCUGCGUUUUGGAAAACGCGUGCACCAAAUUGAGGUAUUCAGGGGGGAAUGCGCACAGUGGAGGUAGUGUCUGGACUUUCCACCGUGGUUGCACCAACGGAAACAGCCAGACACCUACCCUGACACUCUCGCGACCACCCCGUGAGAACCCUCUGCGGCCAUGAAAAGGUGGGGUUGUGUAGUGCUAACCAGGGAAGACCCAACACAACAGGGAAAUCAGGAGACUCAAUAAUAAAAAAGUGACUUGGUCUCUUGUGUAACCAUCGUGACUGGGGCUGUAACCUCCCUAACGAACCCUGACCCUAAUGGUCGACUGUCAAGUGCUUGGAUGAGCAGUGGAAUGGAUAGGGGAACCAAUGUAAUACCUAGACUAUGUGCUAACGACUUUGUCCAUAAAGUUCCCAGCUGCGCCUGAAUGGACUAGCGCCUUACACUGGGGAACUACCGUGUAGUCAGGGAAGUGGAUGUGUAGGGUACAGUGCGCAGCAGAGGGCUCUGAAUGAGUGUUGGUGUUCGAUACCUGGGUUGACGUGAGAGUGCCCUGCCUGCCGCCUCCAGACCCAAAAGAACGCCGACGACAGCGUGCAGUAGAAUGUCCUCUUGUGACACCAGAUCGCCGCACCACCCAGCUCCAUCAUCUCGUGAUCCGGGUUGGAGUUGGGGGGGGGGGGUGAAAUGGGCAGGCCCCUCUCAGGACGUCCUCUAGAAGCCAGCAGGUUGUCCAACCGGAUGGUCAUGUCCACUAGUUGAUUGAAGGACGACGUGGUGUCCCGGCAAGCUAGCUCCCUUCGGAUGUCCUCUCGCAGGUGGCACCGGAAGUGGUCGAUGAGGGCCGCUCAUUCCACCCGGAUCCAGCCGCUAGAGUCCUGAACUCCAGGGCAAAGUCCUGCGCGGUCCUCGUCCCUUGCCUCAAAUGGACCAGCCACUCGCUCACCUCUCUCCCUUCGGGAGGGUGAUCGAAGACGGCCCGGAAGAGGCGAGCAAACUCCCCGUAGUUGUCCAACGCAGCUCACUCCAGACUGCUUUGGCCCACUCCAGGGCUUUGCCCGAGAGGCAGGAGACGAGGGCGGACACCUUUUCCCGCUCCGAGGGAGCCGGGCUGAUGGUGGAGAAAUAGAGUUCCGUCUGCAGGAUGAAACCCUGGCAGCGUGCCGCUGCCCCGUCGUACUCCCUCGGUCGGGAAAGGUGAAUCCCUCUGGUUGUGGGUGGCUGGAUCCGGUCGCUCAGCUGGUCUCGAAGGGUCGGGUCCUCUCCUCUCCAGGCGUUGGACGACCUGGAGAACCCGAUCCAUCGCCUCGCCCAAGCUGUUCCCGGACCCGCUCCACGACUCCAGACAUAUUCCCGGUUCCUGCUGACUCCAUGUUGUUCAGGUGUGUGAUUCUGUAACGGGUGAUGUUGGACGGAGUCAGGCACAGGAGAGGAAAUCACGAAAUAAAUGGUUUAUUCAAAUAAACAGAGGUACGCAGCAAUGCGUAAUAUACACCAGUGCGGUAAACGGCACCAUGGGGAAGACGAGGCACACGGGUGUCACGACUUCCGCUGAGGCUUCCCCCCCUCCUGGUUCGGGCAGGCUUCGGCGUUCGUCGUCACCGGAGUACUAGUACUCAUCUAUGCUUCUUCGUCUCCAUUUCAGCACCAACUGGUAGAUAAAAAAAUAAUCUGAUCUUGUAGAUUUAAUAAGGUAUAUUCUAGGGUUAGGAAAGUAUGUAUGAAUCUAAAUAUCUAAGUUCAAUCCAUUAAAUAUUGGAAGGUGGAAAAAAGUGUACAAUAGGGGUUGAACAAUAGUCCUGUGAAUCUACCCUAAUUCUCACUAAUCAUGAAACUGUAUGACAACGGUCCAGUCGUCGUGAACCGUGCGCAAGGCUCCAGGUUUAACCUGCUAUGUGUGGUCAUUCCCAUAAUGAUUCAAAUUGGCUACAUGUCCCAAAUUAUUGCACAACGUUAGCCUAAUAUGAUCCACAAAUGCUAGCGACCCUCAGGGACAAUUUACACGAACGUGACAGAGGAAAGAAAGGGAAACGGAAUGGAAUGAUGCAAAAUAUAAGCUAUAAAUGGAAGAAAACGAACACUAAAGUGACAGUUAUAAAUGUAUGUGGGUAUUACUGACGGUGGCUCCCGAUCGUGGCUAAUAUUUAACAUUAUAAACUGGGUGGUUCGAGCCCUGAAUGCUGAUUGGCUGACAGCCAUUGAAUAUCAGACCAUAUACCACGUGUAAGACAAAACAUUUAUUUUUACUGCUCUAAUUACGUUGGUAACCAGUUUAUAAUAGCAAUAAGGCACCUCGGGGGUUUGUGGUAUAUAUACCACGGCUAAGGGCUGUGUCCAGGCACUCCAUAUUGCUUCAUGCUUAUGAAUAGUUCUUAGCCGUGGUAUAUUGGCCAUAUACCACUCCUCCUCGGGCCUUAUUGCUUAAUUAUACAAAUUUAAAAUAAAACUGAGAAAAGCCCAGGCAUAGGCUAUAAUUAAAACAUUCUAAUGCGCAUACAUCAACUACAGAAGCCUUUAGCUAGGGUGUCCAAAUUUAAUUCACGCAAAUUGAGGGCACACAAUUAAUAUUCGUAAUAAAGGCACAGUUAUUGGUAGCCUAUUUCACUGUGACAUGUCAUGUUGAUUUUCAGUUUGAUUCCAUAUGGCUGGUUUCACAUUCGUCUCCAAGGAUCAUAAUGAAAAAUCAUUACAAAACAAUUGCUAUGUGUAUUUACAAUCCCCUUCUCGAAAAGGAUUACUCAUUUUCCAGUUCUUAUCAAUGGCUCUUAUCCAUUUAUAAAUUACAGUGCAUGGAGAACGCUAUUAUUUAUAUCGGGAAAAAGAAAGUACAUGGAACCGGCAGGUUCGCUCCACCUUAUUCAUGGUUUCCUCGCGCUUAAAGGUGGAAUUAUGAGGGAAUUAAGCCAAGGUCAGAAUACGGUUUAUCUGUAGACACACCUCCACCACACCUUCAUUUCUUAGAUCUCCACCCGAACAAAUAGCGGUUGAAUUGCAUGCUAUUCGCAUGCUUAAAUUCAAGCUCAGAAUACGCAUAGCGAGAAAAGUGCAUAAAAUGGGAAUUACGUUUGUUUUACGUGCGCUUAACUCCGGUCCGAAAAGCCUAGAAGAAGGAAUUUGAGGGUAGAGCAUUGUUUACUGUUUUUACUUAAUCAAGAGUGACCAAUGCAGCAGCUCCAGCCAAGCUAACUCUCAGCUCCUGACCGAUGGGCGUCCCCAUAAAAUUUGAAUGAGUGGAACGAACAUUCUAGAUUCUACUAAUUCUAAUUCUACUGGUGCCCUUUCUCUCCCCGUGACCCUGCCAGUUAGGCCUAGAAUAACCCUGAUAAAGAAAGCCUUGUGAUGCAGGAGAACUGAGUUAACAAACAAGACUCUUCAUGCCUCCAUCCCGAAUUAACAGCACAUGGCGAUGUGUGAAAUGGAAUCAAGGCUGGAAUUAUACUGAACAAAAAUAGAAAAGCAACAUGUAACAAUUUCAACUGAGUUACAGUUCAUAUAAGGAAAUCAGUCAAUUGAAAUAAAUAAAUUAGGCCCUAAUCUAUGGAUUUCACAUGACUGGGAAUACAGAUAUGCAUCUGUUGGUCACAGAUACCUUUAAAAAAAGAAAUAGGGGCGUGGAUCAGAAAACUGGUCAGUAUCUGGUGUGACCACCAUUUGCCUCAUGCAGUACAACACAUCUCCUUUGUAUAGAGGUGAUCAGGCUGUUGAUUGUGGGGGGAUUACAGGUAUUUUGUGAGCAUCUUUGUAUUAGUCACCAGACAGUCCAGUGUAGAUGGAGCCUGAGGGAAAAGUGAGGGUCUCUGAUGGUCCAUUUGAGGAUUGUAGGUCAACUCAAUAAUAACUGACUCUCUCACACACACACACCUUCCACUCCUUCCUCCCUCUCAGCUCAUGACACCCUUGGGUGACAUAGGGAUACAUUAAAAUUACGCCCACCUAGCCCCCCUGCCAGCAAUAUGUGGUGAUUUGGGCUGCUGGGUGCAGGGAGCCGGAUACAAAGACGUUAUAGUUUAUUGACUUUGCCUAUUCCUCUGUUCCGGAACUAAAGACAGGAGGUUCCUCCAUGGCAACAUAACAGAACUCUGAGGGCUCUUAAACUCUGAUGUCAUCAGAUGGUGCCUGCAUCAGUCUACUUCUUGUUUCUCCCGUUCUCUCAUUGUGAUAUGUGGGUUUUAUAGUCUUUUUCAAACCCACCUUGUGGCUAGUCUUCCUAGAGUCCAUUAAAGAUAAAACGAAAUACAACAUUCAAGUGUUCCUCCCUUUCGCUGGCUGUCCUUUUGAUCCUAUGCUUUUAUGUGUAAGAAGCUGAUUAAGUGACUGUGGUGUCUUUGUCCUCCAUUGUCACCGCCUUUUAAGAUGGUCCUGCUCUCCAAGCCAAGUGUAUGGCGUAAGCACUUGUACAUACUUUGUGCUUACGUGAACCAGAAUGUUUCAUCUCCCUCUCCAACUCCAUGUGUGCGCAUUUGGUAUAUUAGCAAUGCCUUACUGUUAUUGUGUGUCUCCCCAGGUUUGCUGACACGCUUCAAAGUGAGCCCCAACUACAUCAAUUACUCCCGUGUGUGUGUGUGUGUGUGUGUGUGUGUGUGUGUGUGUGUGUGUGUGUGGUGUGUUUCCUCAGGUGUCCUGACCCUCUCCGGUGUGAGCCUGUACAUCAGCUACUCCCAGCAGGCGCUGGCUGAGACUGAGAGGCUGGUGGGGGCUGAGCGUCUGGCCCAGGUGGUCAGCACCUCCUUCGGCUGGUCCCUCAGCUUGGCCUGGCUCUCCUUCUGCCUGGAGGUCCUCACUGGCCUGCUGCUGCUGCUAGCUGCCUGCCCAGCCACCCUGCAGGAUGGACCACAAGGCCACGGCUGGCCUCUCCAUGUUGUAACCUAA